AUGAACGAACACAACUUCCACACCUCGAUCGCAUUCGAUGCAACAGCACAAUCGGCUGGUGGCGUCAUGAAACCAAAAAACAUCGCUGAUGAGAAGACGCAGCAGCAGAACAACCAAGGCAUCGAGGAAGAUGUCAUAUCUGAACAAGACGAGAAGCCCGAUGAUGUCAAAGAAGAAUAUCCGAGUGGCAUACUGCUGGUGCCCAUAUUGAUUGCCAUACUCUGCGCAGUCUUUCUUACAGCCCUGGACAUGACAAUUCUUGGAACAGCCAUUCCUAAGAUCACAGACGAAUUUGGAGGUCUUAACAUGGUUUCAUGGUAUGGUUCCGCGUAUUUCAUGACGUUCGGCGGUUUCCAGUCCAUGUCUGGCAAGUUCUACCGCUACUUCCCACUCAAGUGGUCCUUCCUAGGUGCCAUCUUCGUCUUUGAAAUGGGAAGCUUGAUCUGCGCCGUCGCUCCAGAUUCUAUAACUUUCGUCGUUGGCCGCGCAAUCGCUGGUGUCGGCUCCGCCGGCGUAGUAACUGGGGCGUUCACUAUGGCGGCCUUCUACAUCAACCUUCCUAUUGGCGGCGCCUCUGCAGCACUGAUCCUGUUCACUUACAAGACUCCACCACAAGCUGUUAUCACCCAAGCGACUUGGAAGGAAAAGUUCUUGCAAAUGGAUCCUUUCGGCAUUGCUCUCGUCAUGGGCGGCAUCGUUACGUACAUCUUAGCAUUCGAAAAUGGCGGCCAGAAGCGACCUUGGAACAGCAGCUACGUCAUCGGCCUCUUGGUAGGCUUCGUCGUUAUUGCGAUUACCUUCAUCACAUGGGAGAUCUUCAACGGCGAGCGUUCGAUGCUUCCACCCCGGCUUCUCCGCGAGCGAACACUAUGGCAGCCAUCUGCCUUCAUCUUCUUCUUCUCAUCAUCAUAUCUCGUCCUGCUGUACUACCUACCCCUCUAUUUUCAGAGCGUCGACAACCGCAGCGCAAUCAAUUCGGGUGUGUUGAACCUUCCACUGGUCCUCGCGAUGGUGUUGGGUAGCAUCGUCAGUGGCGGCGUUGUCUCAAAGACAGGUUAUGCUGCACCUUUCAUGAUUGGCGGUGCCUUUCUAGCGACUAUCGCUACCGGUCUAAUGUAUACGUUCGACAUUGGUACUGGGCUGGGUAAAUGGAUUGGCUAUCAGGCCUUUUACGGCAUCGCAGUCGGUCUGGGCUUUCAAAUGGCCAUCAACACUGGUCAGGCCAAUGCAAGGGCAGAGGACAUGUCUUCAGCGACGGCAACGAUCUUUUUUUUUCAAACCAUCGGCGGUGCAUUCUCGUUGACUGCGGCUCAGUCUGGAUUUGUCAAUCGCAUGAUCAACACGCUUGCGAGCACAGCACCGAACGUGAAUCCGCUGGCAGUAGUCGGAUCCGGAGCGACUCAGCUUCGGGACAAUUUCGCUGCAGAAGACAUAGCAGGCAUAGUGGUCGCAUACAUGGCGGGCAUCAAGGUCGCGCUCGCUAUUGCGACAGCUUUGGCUGGUGCAGCUGCCGUGGCUGCUGUAUUGGUACCCUUCAAGAAGCUGAACAUGGAAAAGGUGCAGGCUGGAGCUGCGUAG